UCCCAGCCACUUGCUUCCCUCCCUGCCUUCCUUCUUACUCAGAGCCCCCAUACCCUUCCCCGGCAUCGUCCUCCUCCGGCAGCGCCAACGCCAGAGCUCCGGCGUCCUCCGACAGCACCGAUGCUGAGCACCGAAAGUUUUGUUGGGGCGAGAGCCCUGGGUGAGGAAUCGUUGCAGAUGUGGGACCUCAACAAGCGCCUGGAGGCCUACCUGGCCCGCGUGAAGUUCUUGGAGGAGGAAAAUGAGGUGUUGCGAGCUGAAAUCCAGAGUGCCAAGAGCAGCCCCGAUGGGGACUCGUGGCGGGUGAAGUACGAAGAGGAGCUGCGAGCCCUGAGGGAUGCGUUGGGUCACGCCUUCAGGGAGAAGUGCACGGCCGAGCUGGCCAGGGACAACCUCUACGAGGAGGUCCAGCAGGUGAAAAGCAGGUGCCAGAAGGAGCAGGCAGCCCGAGAAGAAGCCAAAAAGCUGCUGUCCUUGAGCAAGAAGGAGCUGGAGGAGGAGAAGAGAGCGCAGAUCUGGCUGAAGGAGAGAGCCGUGCAGCUGGAGAAGGAGGUGGAAGCCUUGCUGGAGGUGCACGAGGAGGAGAAAGCAGGGUUGGACCAAGAGAUCGCAAGCUUCUCGCAGAGCCUGGAGAGCUUCCGCUGUGCGCCGGUGGCUUUCCAGCCCGUGGAGGUGGAGGACUACUCCAAGAGGCUCUCGGAGAUCUGGAAAGGGGCAGUGGAGACCUACAAGACGGAGGUGUCGCAGCUGGAGGGUUCCCUCUGCCAGGCCAAGGAGAACCUUUGGAAAGCGGUGGAGGACAACCAGCAGAGCCAGCUGCGGCUGCAACACCUGGAGAAGGACCUGGCAGGGCUCAAAGUGCGGAAGGAGAUGCUAGAAGAGAACUUAGCCCGGCAGUGGCAGGAGCAGCGUGGGGAGGCAGAGAAGUUCCAGUUGGCGAUGGAAGCCCUGGAGCAGGAGAAGCAGACCCUGCGGGUGCAAAUCGCUCAGGUGCUGGAGGACAGGCAGCAGCUCAUGCACCUCAAGAUGUCCCUCAGCCUGGAAGUGGCGACCUACAGGACGCUGCUGGAAGCAGAGAGCACCCGCUUGCAGAUGCCACCCAAUGAUUACAAACUGGCCAACGGUUUGCGAGAUCUGAAGUUGGAGGUGAGCGGCGGCACCAAAUCGGCGUCGGCGAGCGCCGAGGCCAGGCGGCUGCUGCCCCGCGACCACCGCGCCAGCCCCUCCGUCUUCUCCAGGGCAAGAGCCCAAAGCGAUGCUCUGAGCCCCAAAAGCCAGAGCUCCGGCACCAGGGAGCUCCAGAAAAUCAACUCGGUUCUCCACGCCACAGCACCACAGGCUACCGGCACGGUCCGGGAGGUGGUUGUCCCUGGUCACCCCAAACCGAGCACCUCACCAACAAGUCAAGCUGCUUCUUCUCUCUCCCUGGAGCCCCAAAGCCCGGUGCCACCAGAGCCGGGGAGCCCACGGGGAGAAGGUCCUGCCUGGCCAGGGGGAGAAGAGGAUGAGAUGAUCCAAGAGAUGGAGAAUCCUCCGCUUGGAGCCGCGAUGGAGACCGGUGAUGCCAACAUUGAGCUUCCAGGAGCAGCGCCCAUCCGCCGCCUGCGGUACCCGGCGCAGCUGGUGAGUGAGGCGCUGGAGGAUGCUCUCAAGGUAAUGAAAGAUGACGCUCAGCCCAAAGAAGAGCCCACGCUCAGCGCCACGUGGGCCCCCCAGGAUGCCCGUGCCCCCAUUUCCCCCUUAGAGGUUUGCAGAGGCACCAGGGAAGAAGACCACUCUGAGGAUUCCAGGGAUGACGAAGCCCUGGAAGAGGAGGGGAGGGCUGGAGAAGCCGAGCUCCAGGGGCUUGGCAUGGAGAGCAGCUCUCAGUGGGAUGGAGCUUCAUCCCCACUGGGACCACAUCCCACGGCCACUUCCCAAAGCGCCGCAGCAAGGCAGGAAGAGAUGAAAGCAUGGGAGGAGGAGAUGCCCACUGCGCUGAGCCCGAGGGAAGCAGAAGUGGUGCCCCAGGAAGACGACAUGGGUUGCCCCGGCCAAGUGGAGACCGUCUGGGAAGAGCCAGAACAACAGCACAAAGAGGAUGAUGCCCCAAGCGUGGAGGAUUCGCAACCCUCAGAGGACGAGGAGGAGAGGGGACCCUGCAGCCCACAUGGAGAGGAUGGUGAUUUCCAGGGCGAAGGGAUUGAUGUGCGAGACAGGGAGUCUCUACAAAAGGAAGUUCUAGCUGCUCAUGCUGUCCCCGUGGAAAGCCACUCGGUUUUGCCCACAGAAAGUGACCUGGAAGAGGACCUUGUUGAUGGAGAGGAGGAAAAGUUUGAGCAUCGGGAAAUGUCUGUGUGCGAGACGGAGCUGGCUGCAGAUGAGGAAAGGGGGCAGGAGAUGUGCCCAGAGCAGGAGAUGUGCCCACAGCAGGAGCCCUUAAGCAUCCAUGAAGCCAUCCCAGCAGAAGAUGCUUCCUCAGAGGUUGAAGAUGAUGCGGUGGGAGAGGAGGACUCAGGCAGAGGAAAAGAUGGGGAAGGUGAAAAGGGAGAGGCCGGUGGGGAGGUGCUGCGAGGAGAAGACGCUUGGGCAGGAGAGGCUGCAGGACCUGAAAUCCCAGGGCAGGAGAGCAGAGCCUGGGAGGAACCUGGGGACCUGGAGGAAAACAGCUCUGUGGAAAAGGCGCUGGAGCAGGAGGAGCUGGAGCCAGAGCCGGGAGAGGAGCCCUGGGGUGGGAAGGAUGAUGGCAACAGCCAAAAACCCUGUCCAAAGGACUGGGAGGUGAUAGAAGACACAGAGGGAGCUCUGGGGACAGAAGAGCCAUCCUGGGCAGGCGAAACCCUGACAAGUGCAGGAGGGCUGGAAAGCGAAGAGAGGGAUGGUGCGUUGCCAUCAGAGCCGGAGGAAACCUGGGAAGAUGAUGAAGAUGCUGAGAGCCAAGAGAUGAGGCGGCAGCAGCCGCCGGCGGAGGCUGAGCCAGCCCUGGAGCUGGCGAGGGAGGAGCAGGAGAGCACGGUGGAUGCUCCUGGGCAAGGGGACAACCAGGAGCCAGCCGAGGCUCCGGAGGAGUCAUGGGAGAUGCAGGGUGAAGACGCAGAUGCUGAGCUGAUCUCCGAGCUGGGACAGCUGGAGAACAGCGGCACCAGCCCCACGGCACUUCAGCCGGCGCCGGGUGAGAGCACAGAGAGCGGCGAGUCGGUGGAGGAGGACGUGGAGCGAUGGGGAGAGAUGGAGCAGGCACCGGCGCUGGGCAGGAGCGUGGAGCUGGAGGACACGCUGCCAGACAGCACACCCCUGCACCUCCUCGAAGGGGAGAUGUUGGCUGUGGUCACACCCAGCCAAAACCCUCCGGAGACUGAGCAGACCAUGGAGACAACCCUUGAGUCUGAAAUAGGUCCAGAGGAGACUGAGGAGACCAUAGAGACAGCCUCCAAAUCUGAAACAGCUCUGGAGGAGACUGAGGAGAUCAUGGAAGCAGAGCCCAAAUCUGAAACAGCUCUGGAGGAGCCUGAGGAGACCACAGAGACAGUUCCUGAAUCCAAAACAGCUCUGGAGGAGGAUGAGGAGACCAUGGACGAAGCCCCUGAAUCCAAAACAGCUCUGGAGGAGGAUGAGGAGACCAUGGAUGAAGCCCCUGAAUCCAAAACAGCUCUGGAGGAGGAUGAGGAGACCAUGGACGAAGCCCCUGAAUCCAAAACAGCUCUGGAAGAGGAUGAGGAGACCAUGGAUGCAGUCCCCGAAUCCAAAAUAUCUCCAGAGGAUGAAGGAUGGCUGGAAGAGAGUGACAAGCCACCAACUCCCAUGAUGCCAGAGAGCCAUGAAGAGCAGUUCGGGACAGAGGUAGCCGCUGCAGCAGAGAGUGCCGAGGAGGAGGAAGGCUAUUUCAUGGUCUCUGCCCCCAACCAAGAGAUGUCCACCUCGGAGGAAGCUGAGCUCUCUGAGGACUUUGAAGAAAUUCAAGUUGAAGAAACCAAAGCCAUCAAAGAUGACCUGGAAGCUCUCGGAGAAGCAUCUCCAGCACCAGAGGACGAAGGGCCCUUUGAGGCGUUUGUUGGUGAAGCAGGUGAAGACAUGAAGAUGCCCACAGAAGACCCUGAUAUGCCAAAGGGUGAGGAUGAGGAUGAUGCUGAGGGUUUUAGUGCUGAGCUGGAAGAAGGUCCAGCUGUGCCCGAGGCUGAUCCUGGCUCUCCUGGGGCCACGGGGCCGUUAGCGGGAGAUGUUGACGAGCCAGCCCAGGUUGCUGCAGGCUCUGAUGCACAUGAGGGACCAGAAUGCUCAGAGGGCUUUGCCACCAAAUUGGUGGAGGAGCUUGAUGGCUUGGUGGAGCUGGAGAACGACGCUGGUGGAGCUGAAACCCUCACGGGCUGUGACCUGGAGCUGGUGGGACAGAAGGAGGAGGAGAAGGAGGAAGAAGAGAAGAAGGAGGAGGAAGAGAGGGAGGAGGAGGAGAUGGAGGAGGAUGAGCCCAGUGUGGCUCACCACAACGUGGCCAAGCCCAACCCUUCGGCAACCCUCCAGGCCCCAGUGAUGCCGGUUUCUCCACUGCCCGACCAAGCAGAGCAGACAUCGGAUGAGCAACCACGUGUGGAGGAGGAAGCACCAGACGGUGACAGCCCUUCCCUGGCUGGGGACGAAGAGCCCCCCGAGGCCGACCCACCCCAGCCGAGCUCCUCACCGGAGCAGGGAGGGUUUCCAGAGGUGAUUAAAGAAAGCUCGGAGGUGGCCGAUCUCUCUGUAGACAUCAUGAAAGCCUCAGAUAUCUUGGAAAUAGUCGAGCAAGCCCUGGAGUUCAACCAGGAGCUGGUGAUGGGCGUGAGGGCGGCCGAAGGAGAACAGCGGGAUCCCAGUGGGAUGGAGCUACUCCAGGACACCGGGGAAGACUCUUCACCUGCCUCAUCCACCGAGGAGGAGCCAACGGUGCAGGAGGCACCGGUGGACGCGGCACCAGGGACAGAAGAUCCAGUUCGGGCGGAGAACGGGCUGCACCGCGAGGCCAGCCUGGAGGACCUGGCCGAGUUCACCGAGGAGGUGUCGAACGGCAUCGCCGGGGUGCCACCAGCACAGGAGUUCUCCGUGGAGACCGAGGAACAGAUGCCACCACAACCUCCUUCUCCUGGAGAUGCUACCACCACCAAGCUGGUUGAUGCCACCCUGCGUGGCAAGCACGGCGGGGCUGACGUUGUCCCCGUGCCGUCCCCGUUGGGAGACGACGUCUUGUGCCUCGCGUCCGACCAGCCGCCGGCGUGCAGGCUGCGAGCCGAGCAGGAGCCCUGGUCCUCAGGGGAUGAGUGACAGUGGUGGGGACCCCUCUGGUAGCCCCAAACCUCAGCCCUUUCCCUUUCCUCCCCCACCCACCUAACGUUUCUCCAACUUCUGAGUUUUAACACCUUUGUGUGGAUUUUUUGCACCCUUUUUUCAGCGUGAAGAACCACCGAGCUCGGUUCCCCCUUGCCCCCAGCCCCCCCAAAAUUCGCAUGCUUGCUCCAGGACCUCCAACUUCAUUCCAGGGCCCCUCUGGGUGGGGUUGUAUUUAAUUUAAACCUCGUCUUUCUCCCUUUCCUGUCAUCUCCCCCCAAUCCAACCCCCCCCAGCGCAUCCAGCUGGAGGCUGGGGACCCCAAAAGGCUGCACCCCAGGACCCAGUGCCACGGGGCGAGGGCACCUCGGGGUCCCCAGCCCCAAGGCGUUGAUGCUCACGGAUGUUGAUGCUUAAGGAUGGAUCUUAAUUUAAUAAAGCCUCGU